AUGGCACAGAUUAUCUCUCUUAUUAUCAUCUCUAUGUCUCUGUUGGGACGUGCUCAAUUUCAAAGCAUAGUACCAGCGGAGCACAAAGAUAUCACAUUUACAAUUCAAGUAUCUCCAGAUGCGGUCAAGGGAUCCGGGCCUAUUUUCUUGCAAAUGAACUCGACACUCCCUGUGCAAUGGUUUGCAUUAGGACAGGGAAUUCACAUGAAGGACUCUAAUAUGUUUAUCGUCUAUGCGUCAAGGGGAAGUCAGAAUGUGACAGUAUCUCCAAGGAUGGGCAAAGGUCAUUUCUUGCCCCUCUAUAAUCCUGAUGCAGAUAUUUCGCUUCUCGAUGGUAGUGGUAAUUAUGAUGGCGCUCUUACUGCUAAUAUCAGAUGCGACAGUUGCUUGUCAUGGGAAGGCGGUUCUGAGGACCCGAUGAACCCUGUCAGUCCCUGGAUUUGGGGCGUGAAGUACGGAGAGCUAUUACGUUCAGAUAGUGUCUCUGCACAUCUCCUUGAACAUGAUUUUGAUGGCGUUGCAUUCGUCAACAUGAAAAAUGCUACCGGAACCAACACAAUGAGGAACCCUUUUGUGAACCUAGGCAAUGCUACCAUCACCCCGGCCUGGAACAGGCCCCCAUUCGAUUCCGUUGGGUUGAACAAAAAGAAGAUUGCGCACGCUGUGCUGAUGACGCUCGGUUUCGUGGCGUUAUUCCCUUUUGCUGCGAUUACUCUCCACCUAUUCCCCUCAUCUAGUACUGUGACCAUACACGCUACGUUGCAGCUUUUUAAUUUGGUUCUUUCCAUCGCGGGCCUUGCGGUUGGCAUUUCGAUGUCUCAACAAAUCCAUCUGAUGCGCCACCAUCACCCAAUUAUUGGAAUCAUCGUGGUGGCGAGCCUGAGUGUCUUCCAGCCUGCCAUGGGACUGAUACAGCACCGUCAUUUCCAUAAGACAGGCGGUAAAGGAAUGUUCGCCUAUCUUCAUCGAUGGUUAGGACGAAGCAUGAUCGUCUUGGGGAUUAUCAAUGUGGGAUUGGGUUUCCAGCUGACCGGAUGGAGAGACCAUUAUGCACCUCGUGGGGCGGUCAUAUCCUGUAGUGUGGUGGCUGGUAUCGUCGGAGUAGGCUACGUGACGAUUCUUCUUCUGUCGAGUAUGAAGAAGCAGCGGGCUUUAUCCAGCCAAUAG